CACAAGAACAGCACGGGCUGGAAUGCCACGAUAUUAAAUACAGAACCAUCUUUUUCUGCUCACCACCCUCCGGACUUUGCCAGCGGCGUCUGUUCCCUAUUUUUCUUUGGCUACUCUUUCGUGUCAGUUCAGGCGCGCAAUGUCCGCAGGGUACACGGAGAGAGAGCGGCCGGCCGUUUAGACGCCCCGUGCGCAUCACCCACAACAAUAUGCGGCGGAACGAACAGCUUCCUACAACGGGUACGUUAUACGAAAAGCAGUCUUAUUGAUGCACAAAAAAGGUCUGGGGCGGGCGAUGAACAUUAACAAAUACAAUUUGAUCUUCGCGCCUCUCUGUGGCUCAGCUUUGGGGGUAAGGGUUUGUAGGAUAUCACAAGUUGCUAUUGGUCGGUCCAUUCUGCUGCGUCUCCAAAGAUCAACAACUACUGUUGUACGCAGCAAAACACGAACUACUUCUUCAACUCAUCAACGCCACCUUGCAUUUCCCUACACGUACAAAGAUGUGCAUGCUGCGGCAGUGCAUGGGAACAGCGCUCGCUCACCCAAUAUCCAUCCAUCCAUCCAAGCAAUCUCUCCUUUCACCGACCUUCUCCCUCUCUCUCCGAGUGUCUCAGCCCCGCCGCCCCCAAAUGCUGACUGCGCCCGCCUAGGCGCGCAAGUUGCUUCCCACUCCACCAAAAAACGAAGCUCGGAUUGCCGCAUUAUAGUUAAGCUUGAUCGGAUCGCAAGCUGA